GUGGAGACCUCAGAUACUGCAAAGGACGUGGGACCGCCGCUCACAUUGCAGAACUGCAAUGCUUCAGCGGAACGUGAGGAGGGAACCACGGUUUUACGCUGUAGGUGCAGAGGACAGCAGCAUCACUGUCACACCGGUGUUAUGCCACCGGCGCAUAAUUACCACAUCUAUCUGCAUCGAAAUCGCGCGAAAUUCUGUGUGGAGACAGAGAUUCGUCGACGUUAGAGGAACAGAGAAACAACGACAAUGGACACAAACAUGCGGAAAUUUGCGGUUAGAAGGUUCUUUUCUGUCUACAUGCGCAAGAAGUCACGAUCCAAAAGCUCGAAUCUCUGCAAAUUAGAGGAUGAAGGGAUCCUUAAAGAAAUCGACAUUAGCCACCAUGUCAAAGAAGGUUUUGAGAAAGCAGACCCCUCGCAGUUUGAACUACUCAAGGUGUUAGGCCAAGGGUCUUAUGGAAAGGUGUUCUUGGUGAGGAAAAUUAAAGGGUCAGAUAAAGGGCAGCUCUAUGCAAUGAAAGUGUUGAAGAAAGCAACAUUAAAAGUGCGGGAUCAGGUGCGAUCAAAGAUGGAAAGAGAUAUUCUGGCAGAAGUGAACCAUCCUUUCAUUGUCAAACUCCAUUACGCCUUCCAGACAGAAGGAAAACUAUAUCUCAUUUUGGAUUUUCUCAGAGGGGGGGACCUCUUUACCAGGCUGUCCAAAGAGGUGAUGUUUACAGAAGAGGAUGUCAAGUUCUACCUAGCUGAGCUGGCCUUAGCUUUAGACCAUCUUCACAGCCUGGGAAUCAUCUACCGAGAUCUAAAACCAGAGAACAUUCUCCUGGAUGAAGAGGGUCACAUUAAAAUAACAGAUUUUGGGCUAAGCAAAGAAGCAAUUGACCAUGACAAACGAGCAUACUCCUUCUGUGGCACCAUUGAGUACAUGGCCCCUGAAGUGGUAAACAGAAGAGGACACACACAAAGUGCUGAUUGGUGGUCCUUCGGUGUGUUAAUGUUUGAAAUGCUGACAGGAUCAUUACCUUUUCAAGGCAAAGACCGCAAGGAGACUAUGGCACUAAUUCUCAAGGCAAAACUGGGCAUGCCUCAGUUUUUAAGCCCAGAAGUGCAAAGUUUGUUGCGGGCCCUUUUUAAAAGAAAUCCAAACAAUAGACUGGGUGCCGGGCCUGAUGGAGUGGAAGAAAUCAAGAGACAUCAUUUUUUUGGAACAAUAGACUGGAAUAAAUUGUACAGGAAAGAACUCAAGCCCCCAUUUAAACCUGCUGUUGGCAGACCAGAGGACACCUUCCACUUUGAUCCGGAGUUUACCUCCCGCACACCAACAGAUUCACCUGGUGUCCCUCCAAGCUCUAAUGCUCACCAGCUCUUCCGUGGCUUUAGCUUUGUUGCUACCAACCUGGGGCAGGAGCAGUCCCAGUCUGACCAGAACACUGCCAACCCCAUUGUGCAGCAACUUCAUGGAAAUAACAUCCAUUUCACUGAUGGUUAUGAGAUGAAGGAGGAUGUUGGCAUUGGGGCAUAUUCUAUCUGUAAACGCUGUAUUCAUAAAAUCACCAGUGUGGAAUACGCUGUCAAGAUCAUCGACAAGGCCAAGAGGGAUCCAUCAGAAGAAAUCGAGAUUCUCCUGAGAUAUGGCCAACAUCCUAACAUCAUAACACUGAAGGAUGUCUAUGAUGAUGGGAAAUAUGUUUACCUGGUGAUGGAGCUGAUGAGAGGAGGGGAGUUGCUGGACCGUAUUCUGCAGCAAAAGUGCUUUUCGGAGCGCGAGGCUAGUGCUGUGCUCUGCACUAUAACAAAGACAGUGGAAUACCUUCACUCACAGGGGGUUGUCCAUCGAGACCUGAAGCCCAGCAAUAUCCUCUAUGUAGAUGAAACAGGGGACCCAGAAUCUAUCCGAAUUUGUGAUUUUGGAUUUGCUAAGCAGUUACGUGCUGAAAAUGGACUACUUAUGACACCCUGCUACACGGCAAACUUUGUGGCCCCAGAGGUCCUGAAGAGGCAAGGGUAUGAUGCUGCUUGUGACAUCUGGAGUUUAGGUAUUUUGCUGUACACCAUGCUUGCAGGCUUCACCCCUUUUGCCAAUGGUCCUGAUGACACCCCUGAGGAGAUUCUGGCACGCAUAGGCAGUGGGAAGUACGCCCUCUCUGGGGGUAACUGGGACACAGUUUCUGAGGCAGCCAAGGACAUAGUGUCAAAGAUGCUCCACGUGGACCCCCAUCAGCGACUGACAGCACCCCAGGUGCUGAGGCACCCGUGGAUAGUGAAUAGAGAACAGUUGUCUCAGAACCAGCUCAUCAGACAGGACGUGCAUCUUGUCAAGGGAGCAAUGGCUGCCACCUAUUUUGCACUGAAUCGUUCACCUCAGGCGCCCAAGCUGGAGCCUGUGCUGUCAUCUAGUCUAGCCCAGAGAAGAGGCAUGAAGAGACUCACAUCCACGCGCAUGUAGUGCCCCCCUCGAUGCAGGCAGAACUCUUGUGUUACACCAUGACCAGAAAAGUGCCCUCACUUUCUACAGGCAAUGGUUUAAGGCUUUCCACAAGCUUUAAUUUCACUGGUAACAAUUCUGUGGCGCCAAACUACUAGGCCAGAAGGAAGUGGAAUAGUGUCAUCCAUGAAAAAAAAGUGCUUGACAAAGGACAUUACUAUGAAUGUUUUGUUGGGGUGUAAAGAGAAGACAAACAAAACAGUGUACUGACCUUUUUACUGUACAGAGUUGGCCUAGAAACCAGACGUGGAAGUAGAAAGAUUUAUCAUAAUACUCUUCUCUGAAAUAAAAAUGCACAGUCUCAGAUUAACCUGAAAAAUGAAAACACUCAUUACAGAGAUUUCUGCCAAUAUAGUAAAGAGGAACACUUGCUUUUGCCAUCCAUUCUUUUUUUAGGCCUUGUAUUUUUAUACCAGCUUCCAAGAAUUUUAAAAGUGCCCUCCAUUUACCUUAAAAUCUCUGGAACCUCGUUUUAUAUGAUACUCUCUUAUUGUCCCACACAACCAAGAAUUAAUUGAGCUACGCUGUGGCAAUAACUAGGCAGCACAAAUGUGAAUAGGGGAUGCAAUCUUUUAAAGAAGUGGCCUGGUCCUGUAAUGGAUUUGUGCAUGCUGUGUUUUGUGGGCUUUGCAAUCAGCCUCUUCUAGAAUAGUGUGUUCUGAAAAUAUAAUUGAUACUUACCGUAUUGUACUGUAUUUUAUGGUACGGUAUGCCCCCAUCAUGUAAGAACAAGAUUAAAAACCACAGAAUGUCAGCAGCCUUUUAGUCUAGCCAAUAAUAUUGUAGUUCCCAUCCAUAAAAUCCAUGAAAUUACAUUACAGUCGGCCUACACAAUAUAACACCACUGACAUAAACUCAAUGUUUACCAAAGUUAAUUACUUGUGUGACACAGAAUAGGUUCAUAUAGUUAUAUCCUGAUAGUCUUUUACAUAGGUCCAUCUAUAACCCUGAACAGACAGCAGUUAUUUACUAACUGCCCUGUGAAUAAAAAGUUUGAUUUUAUUACACCGACAUUAAGUUUUGCACAGAGGUCUCCAUGUAGUUCUCCAUGUAGUCCAUGUAUUUUUGCUACAAUCAUUGGGAAGCUACACAAAAUUAUUAUAGAAUGAAUCAUAUUUUUGUCUUCAUACCUCAUGACACACACAGGAAUACAAAUAAACCAGUUUGUUGAAAUGUUAGUCGUCUUCACGUUGAAGUAGGCAAGUAGGAAUAAAAAUGCUUUAACAGCUGUAUCACUUACCUAUUCUGAAUACAGUGUACAUUAUUAUGUGCAUAUAUCAUGCUUUUGAAAAAAAAUGAAUUAAAUUGAAAAUGCAUCCACAAAUAUGCACAGGGUACUCAUAAGCCAUGAGUAAAUAUGUUUAGGCUUUAUAGUAUUGAAUUGGAAGGCUACAAGAUGAUAUGCAUCAAUCUGCUUUAGCAGGCUUUACAUACUUAGAACAGGACUUAUU